AUGAAUAUGCAACGCGAUCACGCGCACAUAUGCUCUCAAGUAUUAGAUUCGAAGUGGCUGACGGCCAAGUGGCUAGGGGAGCGUUAUAUGGAGAAAUUCAAAGCUAACCCUCACAUUCCACUUGCAGCUAUGCGGCAGUGUGUCGAUGAAGAUUUUGGCCUGAAGAUAGGUAGGAUGAAGGCAUAUCGGGCCAGAGAGCACGCACUGGACGGCAUUUUCGGCUCUACGGUGACCCAAUACAGAAACUUGUUCUACUAUAAAGCCGAAUUGGAGCGGACGCACCCUGAAUCCAACAUUCAUAUACAUUAUGAGAGUAUGAGGGAUUUUGGCGCCGUUGGUCCGAGAUUCAUGAGGUUCUACUGCUGUCUAGGGCCAUUGAAAAAGGGAUGGAUGGAGUUAUGUCGCCCGAUUAUCUUCUUCGACGCUUGUUUCUUGCGAGGGAUGUACAAAGGCCAGCUAAUGACAGCAAUGGGGAUUGAUCCCAACAAUGGCUGGUGGCCGAUUGCUUGGGCGGUGACUGAGGCCGAGAGUUAUGUCCAGUGGAAGUGGUUCGUGGAGUACUUGUCUGAUGACAUAAACUUGCAUGCAAAUGGCCCACGUUAUGUGUUUAUGUCUGACCAACAAAAGGGCCUUGCAAAGUUGCUUGCUGAGGAAUUCCCACAGAGCGAGCAUCGCUUUUGUGUUCAGCACAUAUACAACAAUUUCAAGAAGAGAUUUGUUGGUGAAGAUUUCAAAGACCGGUUGUGGGAGAUUGCCUCGAGUACCACCGUCGAACAGUACGUGGCUUUGAUGGAUGCUUUGCAGACCGAGUAUCCCAGUGCACACCAGUGGCUUUCUGGAGUAGCUCCCAAAGAAAAGUGGGUCAAGGUAUUUUUCUCUCCACACACCUGUUGUGAUGUGAUCCUGAACAACAUCUGUGAGACAUUCAAUUCGAAGAUUGCAUUGGCUCGAGAGAAAGGAAUUAUCAGCAUGUUGGAGGACAUUCGAACAAGUCAAAUGGAAAGAAUUCAGAUCAGAGGCCAGUGGAUCAAAAGCUACGAUCACGCAAUCCCUCCUGUUAUCAAGGAGCUUGUUUAUAAGUGGUACGCGAGGGUUGUUGGGAUUGUGGCAGCUAACCGGAAUCCCGUGCACGCAUGCUAUCGCAACAAUCAACAAGAAUGGCGACGACGUGACGAGAAUGUCCUCUACCCCAUCAAUGGGGUAGCCAGUUGGCCGAAGAGUACUGUAGAUGGUUCAGUGGAAUUGGCGUCCCCGAGGUCAAAGCGACAGUGUGGUAGGCCGAAGAAACUGAGACGUGAGGAGCCCCAGAUUCGUCUUCAUGCAGAUGGAGGUGAGUCAUUGCGUCGCACCUUCGUGAUGAAAUGUCGUCGGUGCGGUCAAGAAGGUCAUAAUAGGAGGACAUGCAGCAAUGAUCCUCGGACAGAUGCCCGUUCUCAGGUUGGGGAGACUUCGCGUGAACUUGGUGACAGUACUUUACCUGAAUCGUCAAACAAUCCCCAACGCCAAGAGCCUAAUGUUUCGAAUCCGAGACCAAGCACUCAGAAAAGGACUCAGCCUCAGAGAUGCGGCGCCGCGGUGAUCAAGAUUGAUGGCCUUUACUUAAUCUUAAAACGUUGUGUUUGUUUGGGAUGGGUGAACAAUUUGUGGCAGUGA